UGCCUUUGCUUUUACCAAUUUUAAUUUUCAAUUUAAUAAUAGCAGUGAGGUGAGAUAAGGCUUGUUGGUGCGUUUCGGUACUGGUAUUUUGUCACGUUGGUGCUUAGCGCGGUAAUUACGUAAGGCGUUACAACUGCCGGGUGGUGUCGGGUUUCUAUGAUUUGGGGAUUAUAUACUAACUAAUAUUAAAUCUAACACAAAUUAUCAAAAUGUUGAAUUUAAAAAUGAUUUCUAAAUUUGCGCCUCUUAAAUCAAGGAGUGCGGAAGUUAGCACAUUACUUAAAGCCUUACCAGCAGCAUGCAACCAGCUCCAGGGAAGGACUUACGCGGAUCAUGUCAUUCCAGACAGACUAAAGGAUAUGCCUAACAACCCUAAUCCUAGGUUUUUCGACAUGGUUGAAUAUUUCUUCCACAAGGCCUGCGUUUUAGUAGAGGAUAAAUUGGUGGAAGACUUAGGAAACGUUAAGGGAUCCAGGUUGAAUUUGGAUCAAAGAAAAGCCAAAGUAAAAGGUAUUUUAACCUUCAUGGAACAAUGCGAUCACAUUCUCGAAGUUGCAUUUCCCAUUAAGAGGGACAAUGGGCAGUAUGAAAUCAUUAAAGGGUACAGAGCUCAACAUAGCACCCACAGAACUCCGUGCAAAGGGGGUAUGCGUUUCUCCAUGGACGUUUCCAGAGACGAAGUCAAAGCUUUGGCAGCCUUGAUGACAUUCAAAUGCGCCUGUGUAGAUGUUCCAUUCGGAGGAGCGAAAGCUGGAGUUAAAAUCGAUCACAAGAAAUACUCUGAACAUGAAUUAGAAAAGAUCACUAGGAGAUUCACUUUGGAAUUGGUCAAAAAAGGAUUUAUUGGACCCAGUAUUGAUGUACCUGCUCCAGACAUGGGUACCGGCGAAAGAGAAAUGUCCUGGUUAGCCGACACAUAUGCCAAAACCAUUGGUUACCAAGAUAUAAACAACCACGCCUGCACUACUGGAAAACCCAUCAACCAAGGUGGUAUCCACGGACGUGUCUCUGCUACCGGUCGUGGAGUUUUCCAUGGUAUCGAAAAUUUCAGCAACGAGGAAAGCUACAUGCAAAAGUGUGGAUUGACAACUGGCAUCAGAGGAAAAACUGUAAUUAUCCAAGGUUUCGGUAAUGUCGGUUUGCACACCAUGAGGUACCUCCACAGGGCAGGAGCCAAAGUAAUUGGUGUUAUUGAAUACGAUGGUUCUAUCUUCAAUGAAAACGGUAUUGACCCCAAGGACCUUGAAGAUUACAGAGUUACCAACGGUAGCAUUAACGGUUUCCCUGGAGCCAAGAAAUACGAAGAUAACUUAUUAUUCCACGAAUGUGAUAUCUUGGUACCCGCUGCCACUGAAAAAGUGAUUACCAAAGACAAUGCUGACAAAGUCAAAGCUAAAAUCAUUGCCGAAGCCGCCAACGGACCAUUGACACCAGCCGCUGAUCAGAUCUUACUCAAAAAGAAUGUUCUAGUCAUUCCCGAUUUGUAUGUUAACGCCGGUGGUGUGACAGUCUCAUUCUUUGAAUGGUUAAAGAACAUCAACCACGUCUCAUACGGACGAUUGACCUUUAAAUAUGAAAAGGACUCUAACUACCAUUUACUACAAUCUGUCCAAGAAUCUCUCGAAAGGAAAUUUACCGACGUAGGAUCAAUCCCCAUCUUGCCAUCUACACCCUUCAACAAGAGAAUUGCUGGUGCUUCUGAAAAAGACAUUGUACAUUCUGGUCUCAGUUUUACCAUGGAACGAUCUGCAAAGGCUAUCAAGGAUACAUCAGAAAAGUACGGUCUUGGAUUGGACCUUCGGUCGGCCGCCUACAUCAACUCAGUGCAAAAAAUCUUCCUCACCCUCAACGAUGCUGGUUUCGCUUACUAAACAAUUUUAACCAAACUUAACCAAUCAUUUUUACAUUCCGACAAAUGUGACAUUCCAUUACGAAUAAUUUUUCAUUCUAAGUAUUAACCCAUUCCAGAAACAAUGUUUUUUAUGAUUCACAAUUUUAAUUUUUUACUUUUGUGUUUUUAUUGUACUGUUAAAUAUCAGGAUGAUUUUAUAAAAUGUAUAGGUAGAUAGAAGUUUAGAUUUCUUAUAUCAAUGACACCUUCAAGCAAAAAAUGACAUGGCAUAUGAAAUAUAACAUGAUCAAGAAUUUAAGGGUAGUUUAAAAAUAUAUUAUUUUGUUCUAAAUUUGUUCAAAAUUGAUUACCUACUAUUAGACCGUCUCGAAAUUAGAGUAUACUGAAUAUUUAAUAACAAAAAUUUUAACGCAGUGUUAAAUAUCUUUGUAGUAUUAAAAUCUCAAGAGGAUCUUCAAUCAAAGUCUCCAGAACCUAAGUAACUCAAAGUUUUAGUAUUACUCAAAUAAUUACAAUUUCUAAAAUGGGUAAGUUGAUAUUGAGGGCCUUUGUAAGCAUCAGCUUCAAGUACUACUAGUCUUUUCAAUAAUUCUCAUUUUGUUACUUUUUCACAUACCUGUUAAUAUUAAAACAUUUUAGAUACUUUAGUGUACUACAAUGUUGUUAUUACAUAAAUGGAGUAUGAAUAAUAUAUUACAGAAAAUAAUUUUCCAUUAAGAGAUCUUCAAAGAUCUUCCUACAAAGGGAAAUACCUCCAGGUGAAAUCGUCACACACAUAAGGAAAAAUCAACACAACUCACUCUGCUUUGACCUACCCUCUUGAUUUGGAGGAAUUAUAAAACGGAAUCAAAAUCAGCUUUAACUGUAGAUUUUAAGAAUAUAAUAUAGCUCUAAGGGCGGCCGUACAAGGACUGUUGAAGCAGUUUACCACUGAGCGACAUACACGGACUGCUCGAGCGGUCGUCGUUGAUAUCUGGAGCAGUCGUUGACUACUUGAGUUGUCACUUGUUGCCUUGCAACCGCUCUCGAGCUGUCAACAGCACGAUGGAUUUUCAUCGUGCUGUUGACAGUUUGAAGAGGUCGUGACUGUGCUCGAGCUGUCAUGUGUAUGUCAGCGAGUAUAGGAUUAUAGUUCACCGUGCGGUCGCUGGUUCAAGCUGUCCGUGUACUGCCGACCUAAGAUGUGUUUUCAAAGAAUAUCGGAUAUUAAGAAGAUGAAUAGAUGUACAGUGUCAAGCGAAAGAAAGAAAAUAAUAAAUUACUUUAAGCAAAUCAGACAAAAGAAGGUCAAUAUCUAAUUAAUAGGACUUAACAAUUCAAUUGGAUAGAAAUCAAAAUAGAAAAAUCAAUCCUUUAGUUUUGUGGAGUGCAUUCGUCUAUCUACCCGUCCGAAGAAUUGGUGGAACUGAAACUCUAACGUAUAGAGAAAAACUGACGACGAUUCAUAUAUAUAAAAGAGUAAUUUCAAAAGUCCUCUACCGACUAGUACAGAGGAAGAACAUAUUCAUACAUUUUCUACUUCCCACCCCUCCCCAUUUUGUAAAGGUUCGCGUUUUCUCACCUUUAUUUAAUAAAUUAAAUAACUAGGGAGAUCAUAUUUUGAGAUGGGUACUCCAAAUGAGAACGAAAACGAUAGAUUCCAAUAUUAUAACACCUUCAAGUUGUUAUAUUGAUAAAAAAAUGCUUGAAUAGCUGGACAAUCAUAAAAUGAUCAUUCAUUAUGGAUAUUGUAUAUAUAAAGCUACUUAAACCAUAAUACUCAAUUAAAUCCACGUCUGUAUAUAAUUUAUUCUUUAAAAGAUCUAAUUAUAAGAAAUCCAAUAUCUUACUACCAAAUUUUUGAAUUCUCCCUAAACUAACCUUCCCCGCUAAAGUAAACGUAUUGUACCCUAUUAUUGACACAAUAAAAUUGUAGCAAUAAUAUCCAUUCUAAAUUACUUUUAUUUAUGCAUUUAAAUGUUUGUAAAACAAUUAUUGUAAUUACUAGAUUAUUUUAUCUUUCCAGCAUCAAAUGCUGGAUCAUUUAGCGGACAUACCAUAUCAGUAAUUAAUACUUAAUUUAAAUUACUUAGUACUUCAGUAUAAAGAUUGUUUCAACA